AUGCAUCGAACGUUAGAAAAUAGUUGCACACAAGAAGUUAACAUUCUAUCAAAUCAGACAGUUAGACCCACACAAACAUCAAAUGGAAAAUCUAGAAAGAUUACUUCCAGUAUGUAUUUUUUGGACGAAGAGCCUGCUUAUUCAGAUUCCGACGAUGAAAAUAGUUUCAUUAUGGGACGAAAGAAACCAAUAUAUGGUCAAUACAUCUAUUUAACAAAGCCCAUACAGAAGAAGUGUGAUGUGGAAAUACAGUGCGAUAUUCUAACAAUUGAAAAAUCUUUACAUGCUUUGGUCACAAAAUGUGCAGAAUUAGAUCCAAAUACAGUUGGUAGAUAUAAAAAACUUGUACUUAUCUGUAAAGAAUUAGUUAAUGAUGGAUACCUCAUAACAAAUGAUCCUGACCGUAAUGAUGAUAAUUCUGAUACAGAUUUAGAUGCAGAAAGGAUAAUGCCACAGCAUGUGCAAAGUUUGGAAAAAUCUGUUCCAAAGAAGAAACCUGAUAGUGCCUCCGAAAAUCUUACACGAAAAUCUCUCUUAGAGUUAUUUGGUCAAGAUAGAUCCGACAUAGCUACACAAUGCCGCAAUAGAGAUAUAUAUGUUCAAAAUCAGGAAUUAUGCUUAUCAGAACAGGAAAAUCAUAAUCCAAAUAUAAAUAGUCAUGCCGAUAAAAACGACAGAACAUCCGUCAAUAAGAAGUUAAGCAGCAAUGAUUCUGCGUUCGACGAAGAGACUGAAUCUAACCGUAUUAAUAAGGAUGAUUUUAGACGAUCAAAUAGUAACUGUGAAAAUGUAUCUAAUACAGAUGAGGAAGAUAUUCCAACGAAAAAUAUGGAACGAAUUAAUAGUACAAAUAGCAAACAAAAGAAUAGAAACUCUGAGCAAAGAAUGUCAAGUAAUAAAUGUUUUGCGGCUGAAGAGAAAAAUGAUUCGCAUCAUAAUAAGAAAGAGGAGUCUAGACGGUCAAAUGUUAACAUUGGAUAUAUAUCUGAAUCAGAUGAGGAAGAAAUUCUGACGCAAAAUGUAGAUCGAAUUAACAGUACAAAUAAAAAAACCAAGAGAACAAAACUCGGAUUAAAAAAAAUAGUUAUUGGAAAUUCACUGUUUGCAAACAGACGUAAUUCUAAUUGUAAUACAUUGAAGGAUUCUAGCAGACUACUUACGUCCAAAAGAAGUGAACCGGAAUCAAAUAAAAGUGAUAUAUCAACGAAAAAAAUAGAACCAACUAAAAGUAAAGUUAUAAGACGGAGGAAAAGAAAAUCAGACGAAAAUAAAUUAGCAAGCAAUGAAGAGAAUGACUCUAAUGGUAAUAAGGAGGAGUCUAGACGGUUACAUAGCGGAAAUCUAAAUGAGAUUGAGUGUGAUCGAAUAUCGGUAUCACCGAAAAAGAUUAAACCGAAUACACAAUUUUCUAUUUAUACGGAACGUCAAAGUAAAGACGAAAUGAUGUUUAAACCUCCUGAUUGCGUGAAAAUGGUUGAAAGUUCUAAAACGGAUUUAAAAGGCAAAAGAUCACGAGGAAGACCACGUAAAACAGAAUUUUCUAUUUAUACGGAACGUCAAAGUAAAGACGAAAUGAUGUUUAAACCUCCUGAUUGCGUGAAAAUGGUUGAAAGUUCUAAAACGGAUUUAAAAGGCAAAAGAUCACGAGGAAGACCACGUAAAACAGAUUCCCAUAUUAAUUAUAACUCCAAAAGUACCGGGAUCCCUAGUACGACCGAUGAAGGAAGCAGAAAAGCACUUGGCACAGUUCAAAUUGACGCAUCAAAAAUGUUUAUGUUUAGAAGAAAAGUUGGUGUUGAACCAGAGGUAGUUAAACCAUUGGCAAGAAAUUGGGAUAAUCCGAACAAAAGUUUUAGCAUCUUGGAGAAAAGUGUUGUUAUAGAUCGGGGUUUCUUAUCUCUGCAGUGUCCAAAAACUAGGAAAUUGUAUUCGCCGACCGAAUGGUUAGACAGCGUCCUGAUCAACGCCGAUAAAGAAUAA